AUGGCAGCCGCCCCUUCCGUUGCCGACGGCCGCGAUCUCACGGCGGUGACGGGCUCGCUGAGCGAGGUGCCAAAGGUGACGGGCACGCACGAGUUCACGAUUCGCGAGUACAGCCGUACCAAGGGCAUGGGCGUGGGCAAGUCGGUCGUGUCGCAGCACUUCUCCGUCGAUGGCCGGCGGUGGCACAUCCGGUUCUACCCGGACGGCUACAGCACGGCGGACGGCGGAUGGAUCGCCUUGUACGCGCAGACGCUCCACAAGCCGCAGCUCCGCCCCGUGAGCGCCGAGUUCACCUUCCAGCUCCUCGGCCCCGACGGCGACGUCCGGCACACGCGCCGGUCCGACCGGGCCUGCAAGUACGACACCAUGUGCAACAGCUGGGGCAUCCGGCGCUACAUCACCCGGGCGCACCUCGAGAGCGCGGCGCUUGGCGCCAUCCACGCCGACUCCAUCACCGUGUGCUGCACCGUGACGAUCCACAAGGCGCGGAGGAGGAGCCUCGCCGUGAACCGCCCGGGGCUCGUGAAGAUGCCGCCGCCGCCGCCGUCGAGCCACGGGGAGAACGCCAUCAGGUUCCUCGCCCGCGGGAAGGUCCCCUUCGACGUGCGGUUCGAGGUGGAGGGCGAGGUGUUCGAGGCGCACCGGAUGGUGGUGGCCGCGCAGUCGCCGUGGUUCGAGGGCCUCCUCUACGGCCACGGCCGCGAGGCGGCCACGGGGAAGGACGUGCUGCUCCAAGUAGGCGGCGGCAUCGUCACGGCGGAGGCGUUCAGGGGCGUGCUCCACUUCAUCUACACCGACGAGCUCCCCGGCGAGGCCACCGCCAAGGGGAGGAAGGGGAGGGGGUCGUACGACGUGACGCUGCGGCUGUUGGAGGCCGCCGACUACUACCUGAUGGAGAGGCUGAAGCUGAUGUGCGCGUGCAGGCUGGGCGACUUGAUCAAGGACUCCACCGUGGAGACUCUGGUGGAGACCGCGGAGGUCUACUCGUGCAAAGACCUCGAGCAGGCGUGCCGGAACUACGCGGCUCGCAGGGGGCUGAGAUUGCUGCCAAACCUAGAAAACAUACAGAGCGCCAUAAGGAAGAGAUUAACGUCCAGCGCCGUUGCUCCGGCGACGAGGAGGAUCAUGGACGUGGCAUCGACGAGUGGCGCUGAGUGA